GAAAUGGUUCUCUUUCAAUCAUUCCGUGAAACAAAGGUGGGUGUGAAGGUCUUGCUGUACUUCUCAGAUUCAAAAGUUUAUUGCAACAAGAUUCUACUAGGGAUGCACAGCACAAGCUCUUGAAGAGGGGAGCUGUGUUAAAGCUGAACUUGACUUAAAGGCAUUUUCAAGAUGGGGUUCCAGUCCCUUGUGUACUAGAUUGCAAAUUUAUUUAUAAACUAGGUUCAUUUUCCCUCCCGCUAUGUUGCAGUGACCCGUUACAUCCCUAACAAGAAAGGAAAUUUAAAUUUAGCAUUUUGCAAAGUUGGUUACUAUUUUCUCUCUUCCUGUGUUCUCUCCAAAUUCCACCUUGGCAUGCCUUAAUUCUAAAAGUAUUUUUGUUCUUGCUUUUUCUCUUUUUUGGCCUAGACUUCCUUUUAAAGGUCUUUUGUCUUAUGUAGCCUCCUUGAGAGCCUGUAACUUUUUUUAGACUUGUAUGUUCCUUUUAUAAGCUGUGGUCUAUCUGAGCCCUCAUAGCAACUUUUACAUAACCUCCAAGCAUGCUUCUAGUUUAAAUGGUUGAUAUGCAUUGGCACAUGUCCGAAUUCAGUAAAUGAGAAAUAGAUGCCAAAGUCCAAAGCAGUUGUCCAGAAAUGUCAACAGGGGGCUUGUAUUUUGCUUGAGUUACUUAAAAAAAUAUAUACUGAGUUAUCUGAGCUUUGCUUUAAUUUAAUGAUUAACAGGCAGAAAUGCAGAAACUUUAAAUGAUCCAAGUGCAACAAAACUGAGUAACCUGCAUCAUGUCUGAAAAACCCAUUUGCAUUGCUGACUUUGAGGAACAUGCUAAGAAAUUUCUUCGAAAAUCUGUGUAUGACUACUAUAAGUCUGGAGCUGAUGAUCAGCAGACCUUAGCUGAAAAUGUAUCUGCAUUUUCAAGGUUAAGACUGUACCCUCGGAUGCUGAGGAAUGUGUCUGCUCUGGACCUGUCGACUUCCAUCUUGGGCCAGAAACUCAGCAUGCCAAUAUGUGUAGCAGCGACAGCCAUGCAAUGCAUGGCUCAUGCGGAUGGAGAAAUUGCAACCGCCAGAGCUUGCAGAUCAAUGGGAACGGGGAUGAUGCUGAGUUCGUGGUCCACAACAUCUAUAGAAGAAGUUGCCCAGGAGGCUCCAGAGACAAUUCGUUGGUUGCAGCUCUAUAUCUAUAAGGACCGUGAAGUCACCAGGUCCUUAGUGAAGCGGGCAGAAAAAGCUGGAUACAAAGGCAUCUUUGUGACUGUAGAUACACCAUUUCUUGGGAAACGCUUAGAUGAUGUGCGCAACAAAUUUCAGCUUCCCCCGAAUCUCAGAAUGAAAAAUUUUGAAACGAAUGACCUGGCAUUUUCAUCGGAGACGGGCUAUGGCGAAAACAGUGGCCUGUCUGUUUAUGUAGCGGAGGCAAUUGAUCCAUCAAUCAACUGGGAGGAUAUGAAGUGGCUCAGAGGAUUGACUUCGCUGCCAAUUGUUGCCAAAGGCAUCCUUAGAGCCGAUGAUGCUCGAGAAGCAGUGAAGCAUGGCGUAAAUGGGAUCCUGGUGUCAAAUCACGGGGCGCGCCAGCUGGAUGGCGUUCCAGCCACCGUUGAGGUCCUGCCUGAGAUCAUUGAGGCCGUGGGAGGAAAAGUGGAGGUGUUCCUAGAUGGUGGAGUAAGGAAAGGCACAGAUGUUCUCAAGGCCCUCGCCCUUGGAGCCCGAGCUGUGUUCGUAGGACGGCCUGUAAUCUGGGGACUCGCCUAUAAGGGUGAAGAAGGUGUGAAGGAAGUUCUUAAGAUAUUGAAAGAAGAGUUCCAGUUGGCAAUGGCACUUUCUGGUUGUCAGAAUGUGGAAGCAAUAGACAGAACAUUGGUGCGAAGAGACCCAUGCGCUGCCUCCAAGAUCUAGCCAUGUUUGCUGCCGCCACUGUAACUUGUCCAGUUGGUUACAAAUUAGUUGACAGCAAACUGCAAAGUGAAUUUAUGCCUCCAGUACAGGUUUAGGCUGGAUUAACAGGCCUAAUCUUCCACAAAUAUAUAUAUCAAAUAUAUCAAGGCAUCAUUUUAAUGCCUAAAGUACAGUAUUGGAAAAUAUUGGCAAUACCUUGAUAGAUAAGUUUAUAUCCUUUUUAUUAUUAUCAGUGUUCAGUCAUUUGCAAUGAAAUGUGAGUACUUAUUGCCCAAAUAAGAGCUGGCAUUGUUCUUAAA